AGCGCUGGCCUUGUCUGACUGUCUUAUCUGUAAGGUUUGUUAAUCUGUGGUUGAAUCUCCUCUUUGAUCUAUCCCCGCAUCUACGCUACUGAUUUGCGAUAAUCAAUCUCAAGAUAACGGCAAAGUCCAUGGUCAAAUUGAUCCCAUUAAAUAUUGGAAUAUUCUUAUGUAUACUUCAUUUCAGUGACAGUAUUUCCUCUUCUUGAUUUUCAGUCACAGCAAUAUGGUUCUCUCCAUGGAAAGAUGGGUCGGUAAAGUUGCUGUCGUAACUGGGGCUAGCUCUGGAAUAGGAGCAGCCAUUGCACAGAUGCUAGUUGAGAAUGGAGUAAUCGUUGUAGGACUAGCAAGGAGGAGUGAAGAGAUCGAAAAACUGGCUAAAACUUUGUCUGGCAAAAAAGGAAAACUCUACGCUGUCAAAGCUGAUCUAUCCAAGGAAGAAGAUAUCAAGAACGCUUUCAAAUGGGCAUCGAAAAAUGUUGGGCCUGUCCAGAUUUUGGUGAACAACGCUGGGAUCCAUGACAAAUCAAGUUUGAUUGAUGGAGAUACUGAUAAAUGGAGGAACACAAUCAAUAUCAAUGUUGUUGCCCUUUGUAUAGCUACUAGAGAAGCCAUCAAGAUCAUGCGAGACAAUAAAAUAGAAGGACACAUUAUCCAUAUCAACAGUGUGGCUGGUCACAAAGUACCAAGUUUGAUAAGCGUAGAUGUUUAUUCUCCUAGUAAAUACGCUGUUACGGCACUCACAGAGACUCUCAGGCUUGAAAUAAAUGCGUUGAAACUGAAGGUUAAGAUUACGAGUAUCAGCCCUGGUGUAGUGGACACUCCGAUAUUUGAUGAGGAAUUCAGGAAGAAUGAGAUGGUCAAAGAUCUUCUGGCGAACAGAUCACUGAAACCAGAAGAUAUCUCCGAUGCAGCUCAAUACGCAUUAUCCACACCACCAUCUGUGCAGGUACAUGAAUUGACCAUCAAACCAUUGCACGAGAGAGAGUGAACUGUUGCUAGUCACCCAAUGUGGAUUCUUUAACUCCCGGACACAUCUUGAUAUGGCGACAGAAAGUUUAUUUUUUGUUUUUGUCACACAAGAUAUUUUUGUCAACGUCGAAAAAUGUAAUGAUUUCAAUUAAACAUAUAUUUCAUGAUAUUACCGA